AAAUCUGCCAAACGCCUUGUUUUGUUGUCGAUAUCCGAGGGCACCACCACGCUAUUCUCAUUCUCUUCUAUAUCCUUCCUUCGAACACUCGCUAUCCUUGCUCUCUCAUCUCCACACGUAGCCUCGUAUCUUUUUCUGCCGAAUCUUCUACAGCAAUGGCCACCGCCACUCUCUACCCCGCCGAUACUGACAAGCUCUCCAACCUCAAGUCAGCUGUUGCUGGAUUGAGUCAAAUCAGUGAGAAUGAGAAAAGUGGAUUCAUCAACCUCGUGGCUCGCUAUCUCAGUGGCGAAGCGCAACAUGUUGAAUGGAGUAAGAUCCAGACGCCGACUGAUGAAGUAGUGGUACCUUACGAGAGUUUGGCACCGGCUCCUGAUGGUCCUUCUGAGAUUAAGAAUCUCUUGGACAAGCUUGUGGUGCUGAAGCUUAAUGGAGGCUUGGGUACAACUAUGGGCUGUACUGGUCCAAAAUCUGUCAUUGAAGUUCGUGAUGGGUUGACAUUUCUUGAUUUGAUUGUCAUCCAAAUUGAGAACCUUAAUGACAAGUAUGGAAGCAACGUUCCUCUGCUUCUGAUGAACUCAUUCAAUACUCAUGAUGACACUCUUAAGGUUGUUGAAAAAUAUAAAAACUCAAACAUUGAAAUCCAUACUUUCAACCAGAGCCAAUAUCCUCGAUUGGUCAUUGAUGACUUCUUGCCAUUGCCAUCCAAAGGGCAUACAGGCAGAGAUGGGUGGUACCCUCCUGGCCAUGGGGAUGUCUUCCCAUCACUAUCAAACAGUGGCAAACUUGAUGCUCUUAUAUCACAGGGUAAGGAGUAUGUGUUCGUUGCCAAUUCUGAUAACUUGGGUGCCAUAGUUGACUUGAAAAUCUUAAAUCAUUUGAUUCAGAACAAGAAUGAAUACUGUAUGGAGGUUACUCCGAAAACAUUGGCCGAUGUGAAGGGUGGCACU